AUGGCAAGACCGGAUCCGAGCUCCUCCCACCACGGAGCCGAGCCCUCCCUCAACUCCAAGAGCUUCAACCAGGGCUACUACGACCGCUUCUUUGUCGAACAGAAGAAGCUUGGCCGAGGUCUUCGUGGCAGCGUCUUCCUCUGUCAACAUAUGCUCGAUCAGGUUCUUUUGGGCGAGUAUGCUGUCAAAACGAUACCUGUUGGUCGGUCGCAUUCCUGGCUCGUUGGGAUGCUACGCGAAGUCCACCUGCUUCAGAAGCUGCGCCAUCCCAACAUCAUCGAAUACAAGCACGCUUGGCUGGAAAAUAGGCAGCUGACGACAUUCGGCCCCGAAGUGCCAUGUCUGUUCAUCCUCAUGGAGCUCGCCAACGGUGGAAACCUUGAGGAGUACAUCAAUAUCCAGUGGUCUCCGGAAAGCGUCAGCGAUUUGAGCAAUCUCAGUGCCAAAGAGCGCAUGCAGCGACUCAAGCGGCUUCGCGCCUUCCAGGAAAUGCACAAAGCCCAAAACAAACCCUCGAUCAAGGAACGUAUCGAAGGCGGGAUCGGAUUUGGUUUGGAGGGCAAGAAAGUGCGCUAUCUCAAAAGCUAUGAGAUCUGGAGUAUGUUCCUGGACAUUUGCGAAGGCUUGAGCCACCUUCACAAACACGGAAUCAUCCAUCGCGAUCUGAAACCGCCAAAUUUGCUUCUACACUGGAUAGACCAAACCAACCAGGACGAAAUUCCCACGAUCCUACUCUCUGACUUUGGAGAGUGUGAAGUGAUCUCGGAUCAAUCGGCGAGAGCCCGCACAGGCGCGACAGGGACCCUUGAAUUUAUGCCUCCGGAACUGCUCCAGCGCGAUGAGCACGGAAGCUAUCUGCCCAACCACUCGCCCAAGGCCGAUCUGUGGUCGCUCGGGGUGGUCCUCUACUACCUGUGCUACUCCGCGGUGCCGUACACGCAGAUCGAAGACGUCGACGAGCUCCGCAAGGAAAUCCUCGAUUUUCCAUCGGAACUGCAUCCGCUGCACUUCCCCCAUCUCGAUCGCCAGCGGGUGACACCAGAGCUCGAGGCCCUGAUCGCUCAGCUGAUGCAGCGAGAUCCUGAUGCUCGGCCCAACGUCCAGGAGCUGCUGGAGCGAUAUGCCACAAAGAAGCUUGAGAUCAGCAAGAGCCACCGCAGAAACCAGUUCCUGAUGAAUCAGAAGCGGCUGUCGCGAGACUAUGCCCAGCGCACCGAACCAUCAUCGUCUGGCGCGGAUCGCCGUUACAGCCUGGACAGCAAACACCCGGACGACCUGUCCAUGGGCGAAUCCGCUCGAUCUUUCGAGGACGAACCCGGGGACUGGUCGACGAGGCGUGCGAGAAGCCCGGGCGCUGAGUCGAUGUCGAUGGUGCUGGCUUCGUCGGCUGUCAAGAGGAUGCUGACCAACGACUAA